UCCACAAUCCCGACGUUCGGUUCGACGUCAUCCCUCUCCUGUCUUCGGGCCUUGCCAAAUCAAUACAGAAAUGAGCAUCGACGACGUCAUCUAUGUAAUCUGUCUGCUGGCCUGCAUCGGUGCCGGCAACUAUGUGCGCAAGGUGCGCGAUGAGUCCCAACGCAAGAUGGUGUCCACGGCAUUGGGUGUGCUUGUGGUGGUCAUUGUUUCGGGACUCCACAGUUUGCAUUGCAUUGCCUCCUUGGCCUUGGGCACGGCUAGUGUUCUGCUAGUGCAUCCAAGCAAAUGCCAUUUGGUUACAUUUGGCAUAAUGUUUGGCUACCUGGUGUUUUUCCGGCUGUUUGACUUUUACUGGAGCAUUCCUGGCCACACGAACAUGAUACAAAUGAUACUUACACUUAAGGUGUCGGGCAUUGCCUUUGAGAAAACUGCCGCCUGGAAGCGUAUACGUGAAAAGGAUGAGCAGGAGAAGAAUGAACAGCGGGAUGUAAACAGCGAAAGCCCCAUCGAGAUCACCGAUUACGAUCUGGAGCUGCAGCAAUUGUCAGCCGCCGAAAUUGUGCACUACAGCUUCAAUUACAUUGGAGUACUAACAGGUCCCUACUAUCGCUAUCGCACCUACAGGGACUACUUUGAAAUGCCCUUUAAAACGCAUGCCCCGAGCGUUGGUGCCACCAUUGAGAAGUUCAAAUGUGCCGCCUUCUACUGCGCUUUGUAUCUGGCCACCAACUACUUUUGGCCCCUGGACUACGCUUUAAGUGAUGAGUUCUACAAUGAUCGGUCCUUUAUCUACCGUCUGCUGUAUGUGUGGCCAACAUUCUUUACAUUCCGGGCACGCAUCUACACCGGUCUUACGCUCAGUGAAUGCGUCUGCACAAUGGCCGGCUUUGGGGCCUAUCCGGACGAUGCGGAUGCCAACGCUGGCGAGGGACCACGCAAGCGCUAUCAGCACUUGAAACGCGAUGCGGACAAGCAUACGUAUAACUUUACAACGAUUGUCAAUACCCGUGUGAUGGACGUGGAACGUUGCUGGACCUUCCGCGAGGGCAUGAAGCACUGGAAUGUCUGCGUACAGUACUGGCUGGCCGUCAAUGUCUACAAGCUGUUCCCCAGCAAGAAGUACAGGGUUGGCAGAACUGGUGCCACACUGCUCUGCUCGGCAUACUGGCAUGGAUUCCGGCCAGGACACUAUUUCUGCAUCAUGGGCGCUCCCUUCUAUGUAUCGCUGGAGGACAUGUGGCACAAGCUUGUGCGCAAGGAUGCCACUGGCCCAGGGCGCACCGUCAUCGAUGUGCUCUUCUGGAUCUUCAAGUGGUUCGCCUUCAGCUACCUGGGCGUGGCCUUCCUGCUCUCCUCAUUCGGCAACAUUUGGCGUUUCUAUAGCUCUGUGUAUCACAUUGGAUACAUCAGUUGGGCUGCAAUGAUUGGACUUGGAUUUUUCCUGACGAACCAACGGAAGGCAGCCGAACGUCGCAGGCAAAAAUGUGCAGCUGGCGACACUGCUGUUCCGGUGGAGGAUAAGAAGAUGCAGUGAUUUGGCUACAGGGUUAGCUCUAAAAGGCAGUUCCAAAACGCAAGAACUUGCCCAAUUACACUACUCGACACGAUUUUGCCGCUUCGAUCCAUACCAACUUUUUAUACCCGGUACUAGAAGAGUAAUUCCCUAUUAACUCUUGUAUUUGUGCACAAAGUGAAUGUAUGUAACGCAGAGAAGGAAACGUUGCCGACCCCAUAAAGUCUAA